UAAGUUUAGCAUGUAUGCAUUGGUACUCUUGACUUACACAUCUAACCACUUGUCAUUUUUCCAGACUAUGUUAAUGAAAUGAAAAAUGUCAUGGUUCUUAGUUGUGAGGAAUCCAUUGACAACAUAUUUAAGAAGUAUAAGGAAAAAGUCCCAGAAGCCUUAAACAAAACUUUCUCGGAUCGAAUUUCCAAAACUGAGGCAAUCCAACGGCAUUUGGAUAGGAAACAACUAUGUUCAACACCAUUGUUUCCCACAUAUCAACAGCAAGAUGUACUGCAAGCAAAAGGUUUAGACAAAGAAAAACAAGCUGCUUCAACAGGUCCUUCAGAUCAAAAAAAAAACGCGCUUAUGCAAAAAUUGUGGACAGCCAAUGAAAGGACAUCCAAAAGGUCAUUGUCCACAAGAAUUACUUGACAAAUAUUCUUAGCAGGCCAACUUUAAAGUUAGUUAUAAAAUAAUAUACUAUGCUACAAAAAAUGUUUCCUACUUCUAUCAGUUUCUUUCCUGUGCUGACUUGUAGCCAGCAAGUUCUUGGCCUAGGGGAUUUCGUAAUGGAAAUCGUUUUCGGAUGUCUGUGUAGAUACAUGCAGGUAAUGGUCUAGAAUUUUCCCAACCAAGGCAUCCACACAGCCAUCGAAUGACCCAACGGUAUGCAACUGCUCUCAAGUAUCUAUGAGAAAUUCAAAAUAGUAAUUUCUAUUUGAUUAUUUAUUUUGACUUCACACAACAAAAUUGUGAAGCAUCACAGCACAAUAAUGAACCACAUAAAGGUAAAAGUAGAGAUACAUGGCAAGAUAUUAAUCAUUCGUUACAAAACAAAAUUAGAAAUCAAAA